AUGAUGAAAGAUCAUUCAAAUGCUCUACUUGCCAUACAAGCAUUCGUUUUGGCCUCGCGUUCCUUCAAAUCUAUAGCUGAAAUUUGUCGUCGAGCAGUUAACAAUCAACUCAUAGUGGUUCUUUUCGAACUUAAAUUAUCUGAUAAGGCAUUUGUAGCAUCUUCCAACUCAAACACAGUUAUUUUCGGUCUUGGUACUCUCUUUCGAUUGGUUUCGGUGGAUUCACGUCCCGAUGGUGUCUGGCGAGUUCAACUUGAGAUUGCGAAUAUGGAAAUGCAAAGUAUUAGAGACCAACUUCGAAUCGAAAUCGGCAGUAAUCUUACAUGGCUGACAUUUGGAAACUAUUUAGCUGCUUUCAAACGAUUCAGUGCUGCUCAACACUACUAUGAGUAUCUUCAGCAAAUGCUUCCACGAGAACAUCCAAGUCUUGCACCGAUUUACAACAACAUCGACUUGAUGUAUUCGAAAAAGAAGGAUGACAUGGCAGCAUUUGAAUUGCUUAAAAAGGCAUUAAAAGUGAAAAUUCCUUAG